CCAAGAAUACAAUAUAAGCCCGAUGUAAUGAUUUUCCUGUUAGUGCAAGACAAGCUGCGACAUGAGAGUGUGGUUCUGUGUUCUACUGGUGGCUGUGUGUGCGUACGCACAUGGUCACUCACACACACAUGACGAACAAAUUGGACACAAUGCAGAACCCAAGCAACCAGUGGUAGUGUCGCCCUCUGGAGAAUUUCGUGGCGGUUACAAUGUGACAAGGCGCGGGCGCAGGUUUGAAUCCUAUCGCGGUAUUCGGUACGCUGAGCCACCAGUGGGAAAAUUGAGGUUCCAGCCACCCAAACCUAUUCUUAGCUACAAAAGUCCAGUCGACGCGAGUGAAGAUGGGCCGGCGUGUCCUCAACCUUCCGAUCCUGAAGAAUACGUAGACGAGGACUGUCUCAUUAUUAAUGUUUAUACUCCGUUGAAAAAGAACAGGUCCAAUCCGUUGCCAGUAAUAUUCUACAUCCACGCUGGUGGCUAUUACUCUGUAUCGGGCCGCAGUGACGUUGCCGGACCACACUAUCUGCUCGAUCGAGACAUCGUCUUGGUUACCAUCAACUACAGGCUUAGCUCUCUCGGUUUUCUUAGCACUGGAGAUGAAUUAGCGCCUGGAAAUAACGGGUUGAAGGAUCAAGUGGCAGCAUUAAAAUGGGUGCAGCGCAACAUUGCUGCAUUCGGCGGUGAUCCCAAUAGUGUCACGAUCACUGGCUGCAGUGUAGGCUCCAUGAGUGUAAUGCUGCACAUGAUAUCGCCCAUGUCUAAAGGUCUAUUUCAUCGUGGCAUCUCAAUGAGUGGAUCACCGAUCUUCGCAUUCCCUUCACCGGACAACCUAUACAACUUGGCAGUGAAGCAAGCACGUCUUUUGAACUGUCCCACUGAGAAUUCUAAAGUUAUCAUAGACUGCCUCAAAACGAAGACUUGGCGAGAGCUCGGAGACUCUUUAGACGGAUUCAGUGAAUUCGCCUAUGACCCUAUUAUGAUCUGGUGGCCUGUAGUGGAGAAAGAUUAUGGACAAGAGAGGUUUUUAACGAUGGAACCACUUGACGCAAUCCGCGAAGGCAAGAUGCAUGCAGUACCACAUAUCAUCAGUCAAACGACGGAUGAAUUUUUCUGGAAAGCCUUCACGAUAUUGGCGAAUCAGACCCUCACGGACCAAAUAAACGCAGAAUGGGACAGAAUAGCACCAAUAUCGUUCAUAAUGCCACGAGACAACCCAAGACGAGCUACACAGAAGCUGUUCUCCGAGUACAUGCACAACAGGCCUGUGCAGAAUGACACGCAGAGCGCUAGGAAUCUUGGCUUAUUAUACACAGAUGGAGUUGAAAGCUUCCCAGUUCACAGGAUGGCCAAUCUUAUGUGUCGCCACUCACCUCACCCAGUAUGGUACUAUGAGUUUAGCUACGUCGGUACCCACAGCCACUAUGAGGAUCCUGUCACCAAGAAACCUGUCGCUGCUGCCCACCAUGAUGAUCUAAUUUACUUGUUUGCCUUGAGUUUCUGGCCCCAGAUCGGGACAACGGGCCGUGAUGCAGUCCUUGUGGACAGGAUGACAGCCAUGUGGUACAACUUUGCCAGAUAUAGUGAUCCAAAUCCUCGUGGUGACACACCAGAGUUGGAGGGUUUAAAAUGGCCAGCCAUGAAACCGGAUGACCGAAAGUAUCUGCGUAUAUCAGACGAUCUCACCUUACAUACCAACUUGAAGGAAGACAGAAUUAAAGUGUGGGAAGAGUUGUACCCAAUUCAAUAUUAAUUACAAAUAAAAAUAAAUUAUAACUUAUCUUUA